AUGGAUCCAAAUGCCGUGACUCAUGAUCCAAAUCCAUUCGGACCUCAGCCGAAUUUAAUUGUUCUCGCCGACAGCAUUCAAGCUACAGCAAAUGAAGCUAAAAACCUCCAAAAUCUUCCCGUCUUCAGAGAUGGCAAUGCUAUCAUAGGUGCGAUCCAAAAUCUCGGUCAACAAUUCAACACUCAAUUCAACACUCUCAAUCGACGAUUCGAUCAGUUUGAGAUUAAGCUAGAUGGACUUCAGACGCAGAUGCGAGCUAGUGCAAUCAACAAUUUGGCUCGAAUUCAGAAUUCGCACCUUUCAACCUCAGCCUCUCCCAUCACACCACUCGUCAAUAUCUCGACCGCUGCUGAAGUUCCGGGUUUCCCUGCUACGUCAAGACACAUUGCUCGGAUGGAGGAGCCCGAAUUGGAUGCUAUUCUACAAGCUUUGGGUUUAGCACCUGCUACAGGAAGUGUGGCGGCGAAGAGAAGACAGUUAAGGGGAUUGGUUGGUCUGGCGGAACGACUAGAAAAUGCAUAA